AUGCUCUCCAACCAGGCCUUUUCUAAGUCACAAGCUGAGUUGGCUCAUUGUGAGGAUGAAUUUAGGAUGCUCGCUUCUGAAUUGAACGAGCUUAAGGCCCUUUCUGCCCAAAAGAAGGGGGAGCUAGGUGACCUUCGAGCACAUUUGGAGAGGAUGUCUCGAGAGUGGACCGAUCUCGAGGAGCAGCUUAAGCAAAGAGAUGAUCUAAUGCGAGAGGAUCUUAGAGUCAGGGAUACUGAAAUCCUUGGGCUGAAGCAACGCAUGGAUGAAGUGUCCUCCAAUAAAGAAACUCUUCGAGAGAAGCUUACCUCGGUUGAGCACCAACUCCAAGGGGCAAAGGGAGAAAGCCGUAAGUACAAAGAUCUCCAUGCUGAAUCAGUUGCUGAGCUAUCUGCAGCUAAGUUCGAUGUCGAUGCGCUCAUAUCCUCAUACCGAAAAGAUGUUACUGCUGCAAAUGCUCGAGCCAGGAAGGCAUCCGAAGAGGCCAAGUUGGAAGCUCUCGAGGAUGUUUAUGCAGGGGGCAUCGAUCUGUCUGCUAAGAUCAAGAGGGUGAAGGCCCUAGAGGAAGAAUCGACAGUUCUGCUUUCUUUCGAUGAUGGUUCAACCAGUGGUUCGACCAGCGGCUCGGAGGAUGAUGAAGAUGAGGGUGAAGUCCCUGAGGAGAAGGAGGUCAUUGAUGCUCCGGGGGUCAAGGGCCAAGCCGCUGAAGGCACAACUUCUGAGGGAGCUCCAUAUGGUCAAGUGACCUCGGCAGUAGAUUAG